CAAAAUGGCAGCCACCAUGGAGGACGACAACAAAACGUCGGCAGCAUCAGAAGAAAGUAACUCAUCUGCGAGUGCGAUUGACCAAAUACAUCCCGAUGAUGGCACCUCAGUAAUGAGUAACAUUAGAAAGGAAACUAGUGAUCCUGACACAACCAUGGAAACAGAAACCUCAUUGGGUGAGAGUCAGACAAAUACUGUUGAAGUUGGAGGAGAAUCUCAUCAAAAAAGUAAAACUCAGAUUCAAGAAUUUUCAGUUUCUUCAUCAUCGGUUUCUGAUCGCAUCAAUGAAGGUGGGGAAGGGAUUGCUUUUGAAAAACCCAUUACGUUCAAACUCCCCCAACUCUUAUCAAAGUCCACCUUGCUAGGCAGUGGUAGUGUUAAAAAUAAGGAUAAAAGUCAAGCAAAAUCAAGUAAUAAAAAGGAAGAACUGGAAUUCAGGACUCCUGACUCCAAAGGGGACUCGGCCGAAUUACAACCAAGCGGCAAACAGUUUGCGUUCCCCAAACCCAAAUUUUCAACAAGGCCACAACUUCCAAAGAGAGAUGCUCCAGCGUCAAAUACAAGUGAUGGCUCAGCAGAGCCCACUCCUUCACCGAUUGUGCACGAAAAGAAACGACAGGAAAAGUCCCCUGCGGAAAAACUUGCAAAAGUACCGCCCCUCCCUUACAAAGAACCUGACUGGAGUGGCACGCCGAGGGAGGACUACCACCUGGAGGUGCUCAAAGGUGGCAGCAUCCUAUCCAAGAUUGAGCUAACUGCCAAGCCAUUCCAUGUCUUUGGACGGUUGGAGACGUGUGAUAUUCCGUUGGAGCACCCGUCCUUGUCUCGUUUUCAUCUGGUGUUGCAGUAUCGCGGAACAGGAGACAGCGAUCGUGAUCCUGGGUUCUAUCUGUAUGACCUUGGUAGCACUCAUGGGUCAUGGGUCAACAAGCAGAAGAUGCAGGGAAGGGUUUAUUAUCGGAUACGCGUCGGCCACAUGUUCAAGCUGGGCGGGAGCUCACGCAUGUACAUCCUGCAGGGCCCUCCAGAAGACCAAGAAGCAGAGUCUGAACUGAGUGUGAAGGAACUGAGAGAGUUAAGACAACAUCAACUGGCAGAGCUUGAAGAACGAAAGAGAAAGAAACGGGAGGAAGAGGAGAUGGAGAUUGUGGAAGAGGAGAAGGAUGCAGGCAUCAGCUGGGGAAUGGAGGAAGAUGCCGAGGAUGCAGAUGCAAUGGGAGACAACCCAUUUGCCAUCAUGACACAAGAAGAGAAAGAAGCCAGCUACAUCAAGGAUCCCAAGAAAGCACUCAGGGGUUACUUUGAGAGAGAAGGUUAUGAUCUUGAGUAUAAUGUUGAAGAAAAGGAGAGUGGCUUCAAUAAGCAGUUUGUCUGCAAAGUUGAGUUACCCAUUGAUGAUUCAAGUGGGAGACCCAUCUUCGCUGAGGCAGCCGUAUCCGGCAAGAAGAAGGAAUCAGUACUCGCCUGUGCAUUGGAGGCUUGCCGCAUCCUUGAUGCGCAUGGUGUACUCAGACAAGCAACACAUGAGAGUAAGAAGAGAAAAGCCAAGGACUGGAAGGGAGAUGAUUAUUACGACAGCGAUGACGAUACUUUCUUAGAUCGGACUGGGGUCAUCGAGAAGAAACGACUGGUCCGUAUGAAGAAGGCUGGCAUGAUUAAAGAAGAAGCGCAGACUUAUGACUCACUGAAAUCUCAGCUGAGCGAUGUCGAAGCUGAGAUCAAGAAGACGGAAAAUGAAAUUGCCGUAACAGACAAGAAAAGCCCAUCUGUCGUUGAAGAUGACUCCCUUGAUGCCUUCAUGGCGGGUAUCAAGAGCGGGAAGACAAUGGACAAGACGUGGAGAGCUAAACUGAAGUUGCAGCUUAUUGAACUGAGGAAGGAACAAUCCAGACUGGUCCGAUUGGUCAACAUUGCAAAACCUACCUCCAUGCCGGCACUGAAAAAGCCAUCCAGCCAGAUGAGUUAUGCAGCCCUCAGUAAGAAGCUGCCUAUGUUUGGAUCCAUGAAAGGCCGCGCUGGAUUAAAGAACAAGACUUCAAUGCCAUCAGCCAAAGCUGCACCCCAACCUUCCCAUUCUUUUCCCCCAUCCCUGAGUCAGAGUAACAUUGAAGAAGAAGAAGAUGAACAAGAUGAUGAUGGCCUAGUCUCUCCUCCAGCCGCCAAACACUCAGCCAGUGAAUCAACCGCACAGAACAUGAAUGAGACAAGCAGAGAAGUGUCUGCUCCUGAAGGCAAGUCUGAUCAAGCACAACACAGGAUAAAUCCACCCCCAGCUCGAAAACUGGGUCCCUUCAUACCAAUCAAGAUCCGUAAGCUGAAUGGCCAGGACCAGGAGGAAAGCAUAAAUGCAGGAGAACCGACCGCAUCAUCCGUGACUGAAGAACCGGAGCAGUCAAAGAGGACAGACGAAGAAUACAGAGAGAAAGAUGUGAGGAGUACUGCGGAAACGGAUGAGGGGUCGAGGAAGAUGCAACCCUCUGGUAGAAUCCCUCGGGGUACAAGUGACGAAGACGAUGGAAGGAGUUCUUCAGAGACAAUAAAGACAGGGAGAGCCAAGGAGCAACCGAGGAAGAUGCCUCUUCCGAAAAUCAGCGAAGAUGAAGAAGGGAUGGGUUCUUUAAAUAAAGUUAGAACACUUGGGACAGAGAGGGAGAUGGAGGAGAAGGAAGACAAAGAAGAUGUGGCUGAAUGGUUGCCUCCUGUUGGUCAAACUGGUGAUGGAAAGACACAUCUGAAUGCAAAGUUUGGUUACUGAGAAUGAACUGUGAAAAGUGGUCCGACACCAGGCACACAUAGUGCCUUUAAGGAUUGAACUACCAGUAGGGCACCAAACUUAGGACUGAACUACCAGUAGGGCACCAGACUUAGGACUGAACUACCAGUGGGGCACCAGACUUAGGACUGAACUACCAGUAGGGCACCAGACUUAGGACUGAACUACCAGUAGGGCACCAGACUUAGGACUGAACUACCAGUAGGGCACCAGACUUAGGACUGAACUACCAGUAGGGCACCAGACUUAGGACUGAACUACCAGUAGGGCACCAGAUUAAUGCUGUUUCUGAAUAAAGUGCUCUGGCUAUGGCUAUGACUGUUGGCUGCAGCAACAACACCCUGGAAGAAUACGACUUAUCAGAGUUCACACCACAGCUACUGCAGAAGCCAAGGACUGAACUACCAGUGUUUCACCAGACUAAGGACUGAAUUACCAGUAAAUGACCGAAUCUCACAGUAUUUGUUGUGAAACUGGAUCAAGGGAAAGGUUGUUGAACUAGAACCCUGACUACAUUUAUCUUGUAAUAAAUGAGCAGCACUAGAUGAAUAACUAACUGAGGGAUCAAGCAAAUUCUGCUGUGUUUAGUUUUUUACUUGAAUCAGAUGAGGAUUGUCUUAUGUAAGAGUACAUUGAUUCUGAGGACGUCUUGAGUGAUGGAUCACUUGGUUUCAUGACCUUAAGGCCUGAACUCAAACCCUUCUAAGAUUUACCUGCUACUCCGUAUUUGUGUUUAAUUCAUGUGUGAUUCGUUUUUGUCAAGCACAAUAAACUAUCAUGAAAAUAGAAACA